CUUUUCACCUAUAGCGAUACGUCACUACGUACACUUGUACAGUGAGAAAGCCAUGCGGGUGUGUUUCUUCCCUACAGCUGAUUCUUCGUCGGAUUAACAGUCACCAUGUCCUGGUUUCCAGAGAAGAAAACAAGCAAAUCAUGUAUACAUCAGAUUUGUACCAAGGUCCUCAAAACUGGCCCAGUCCCAAAACAUGUAGCCAUCAUCAUGGAUGGAAAUAGACGCUUUGCAAAGAAAAACAGUAUGGAGAGAGCGGAGGGACAUCUCAAGGGAUUUGAUAAGCUUGCGGAAACUCUGGAGUGGUGUCUCGAUCUUGGCAUCACAGAAGUAACUGUAUAUGCCUUCAGUAUAGAGAACUUCAAGCGUUCCAAGGAAGAGGUUGGCUGCCUUAUGGAAAUAGCCAGACAGAAAUUUGCGCGUCUCAUGCAGGAACGUGAGCUGAUCCAAAAGCAUGAGGUGUGCGUGAGGGUACUUGGUAAUCUGUCUCUGCUGCCUCCAGACAUACAACAGGUUGUGGCUGAUGCUGUUGAAUUCUCCAAGGACAACACCAGGGCCAUACUAAAUGUGUGCUUCUCAUACACAUCCAGAGAUGAGAUCUGUGCUGGUAUGCGAGAGUUGGCAGAAGGAGUUUCAAAUGGGCUCAUUAGGACAAGUGAUAUAUCGGAAGAACUCCUGGAUAAUUGUCUGUAUACCAGGAAAUCUAGAGAUCCAGAUCUUCUCAUCCGAACGUCAGGAGAGGUGCGACUCAGUGACUUCCUGUUGUGGCAGACAGCUUACAGCUGCCUUGCCUUUGUCAGUGUGCUGUGGCCCGAGUUCAGUGUAUGGCAUCUGUAUUCUGGAAUUCUACACUACCAGAAGAAUUACCAGGCUCUCCAGGAUGCCAAGGAAAAGAAUGAUUCUGAGAAGGAGAGGCGACAGAGAGAAAGUGACUAUGAGAAUGUGUUGAAGGAUAUUAAACAACAGAACAGUUUGGACAAAAGUGAAGAUGUUGUUAGUAUACAAUGUAGAGUACAACAGUACGCAAAGGACAGGGAGGCACGCAUAAACAAAUUUCUACAACAUCUCGACUACAAACAGGAACAGUUUUUCCAAAGUAUGCUACAUCAGAAAUCAACAUUCACAGCAAAUUGACGUAGUGUCUAUUAGCAUUAACGUAUUCAACCUAAUAAGUGCACUGUGCACUUACUAAAAACCACAUACAAGAGAAAUGUUUACAUGUGACAUUUCUGUAUGUAGCAAAAACAAUCUUUGUUCAAAAUACUGAAGAUAAUAUUGGCAGAUCAGUGUGGUAAGGAACUUUUUAUGUAUCAAUUAACACACCAAUCCUUUUUUCCUGAAAAAGGUCGGGUGUGCUUUUCAUGGCAGGUGCUCUUAUUAGUUUGACUACGAUACUGAGUAAAUCUAGGUUUUAAUUAUGUAUGUCUAUUUAUUAUGUUAAAUUAAGGUUCUUAGCAAUACACCUUCCUGCUUCAUUUUGUUACGUUUAAACAUAUUUUUCGUUAUUGUUAAACCAUUCAUGUCAAAGAUAAGAUAUUUUAUCUGAGAAAUGUUGAGGUAUUUUUCAAGACAAUAAGUCACCAUCCGAAUUAUAUUUUGUCAACAGAUAAUUACAUACCAAUUGAAAGAUACCUGUAAUGAAUUUAGAAACCAUGAGGAAGUGCAGCUUAUAAUAUGUAGUUAGUUAUAAUCAAAAGGAGGUUUAUAUUAAACAUUUAUUGUAGUCCCUUUUUAGAAGUUUGAGAAAUUCAUCAUGUACAUUUUCCCAAUGAAAGUUCUAAGAGGUUGGCAAGCACACAAAAAUAUUUUAAAUGUUUUUUUUUUUAAAUUCGACCAUUUUCGAAUGAUGAAGUUAAUGGGCAUUGAAGCAGAGCCACAUCAAAAAAUGGGGUCAGAAGAAUGAAAAAAAGAUCUGUAUUCUUUAUUUAAAUUUUGUUUUGUUUCAAGUAUGUUGUGUAUACAGUUAGUGCAGUACCGAUAUAUCUCUUGCUCUGGUUGAAUGAAUUAUAUAUAUUUGUUAAAUAAGGAAACUGUUAUUUAAAGAUGAAAGUCAAUUACAGAAAGGGUUAUCAAUUUAUCUAAGUGCAAUGUGUUUUGUUACUGAUUUGUCAGUUGUUAGAUAAAAGUGCCAUGACAGAUACUGUCUUCGUGACUGAAUGGUGUAAAUCUAAUAAGGAUCCAAUGACUUGGUAAAUGUUGACCGCUAUCUCAAUGUUUAAAAGAAAUGUCUUGUUGAUCCUUUAUAUGAAAUGGAAAUAAAACAAUACCAAUCAUU